AUGAAUGAGCAAGGCAUACCGGAGGUUCUCAGAUGGAUACUGUUAUGUGUUGGGCGAGAUAGCCCUCGAAACACGAGUUCGCACUCCGAUCUCCGCUCGCCGCAAGCUCCGAGAGACUCGCAUCCCGGGAGACCUGAGUUUCAGGCCUGCACCCGGAAUACAAUCCCGGCCGAUGAUAUGACUAGAAUUAUUGGAGGAGGCUCAGGCGCUCAGGGAGGGACUUCUUCUUCGUCAACACCGAGAUAUCCCUUCGACACUCCCUAUGCGACUUUACCAUCUAAUGCCCCGGAUAUUCUGGUGAAGAAUACCAUCUAUGUAAGGGAUCGACGACGCCUUUGGGGCGUACAGCAAGAAGAGCGGAACACACGAUUUCAUCUCCUAGUGAGGCGGUAUAUCAAUCAGCUACUUUAUGGUUGUCAGAACCCCGCCUGCACCACUCCCACAUGUCUUUCAUGUCGUCGAAGGAUUACCGAAGCACCCUUGCGGAAGUUGACUCCCGUUAGCGCUCGCACGGUUGCAUGCUAUUUGGCCACACAAGAAGAUCCGGAAAAGGAUCUUUGUCCACAUCAGCCGGUUAUCCCACCGGAUUUCGAGACCACCCUGUCACUGGAUCAAAAUCAUCAAUCAAAUAUAGAGCGGGAAGGAAAACCUGCUAGGCAUGUAAAGCAUGGCUCGCGGCACAAGAGCUGGUCCUCUUCUGCCAAACAAAAUCAUUCAAGCGAAACCCCAGCUUUCCGUCAAGAGUCGUUACCUCAAAAGCCUAGAGACGCAAGUUUUGCAAGGCAGAAUGAAGCGGAGUCUGAAUCGGCAGAACAGGAAGACCGAAAGCAAAAAAAGGAACAGAAAAAAAAGGACCCCAAAUCAUUUACGCAAAAUUUAUUUGAUACGAUUUCAAUGAAAAUGCUCGAGUGGCUGCCUCUCCCUACUUCAACCGCCACCUUGAAUUUCCUUCCAGAAGGGAAGGAGGACCAAGAGUCAAGCGCUUUGUCGAUGCUUGCUUCUCCUGGCCCAGUUGGACAGGACGAGAGUUAUGCCGUCUCUGGUGCCCCAGCAACCUUACACACCUCGGUUCAGGCAAACCCAGCAGCGCCAGAUGAUGAUGGUGAUGAAGAUGGGGAAGAAUCUCAUGUGGGCUAUGGCAGACCAAAUCUGCAAAGAAACGGGCAUUCUGAGCGUAACGCAGCAGACGCCACUCGUCUGGCAGAAGGCCAUAGGCCAAGAUCAUGCUCGCUCCACAUUGAAAAACGGCAGCAACCUGUACUGCAGGUUCAAAAACCUCGACUUUCUCACCAAAGCCACACAAAGGCUUCGCGAAUUCCUCCUCCUAAUACGCCCAUGGGUCGUACCCUUGAUCCAACGUAUUUCCCGUCCACGCAAUCCCCGGAGCAGGCUCGUCAUCGGGAGAAGCGAAGACAUGAUGCGAAAUCAGCAAAGCGAGAGCAUCAUAGCCAUCGAAUAAAAGAGUCUAGGAAUGAAAAUAAGACGCCACGGCUUCCAAGGGAAACUCCUUCUCGUUCGAAUGGGAAAGCCCGAGCGAAGGAGACAAGUCUUAUUGAUACCCCGCAUGGAAUUGAUCAAUUGGGUCCUAUAGACACAUUUCAGACAAAGCUUUUCAACCCGCCCCAGUCAUUAUCACAUCUGUCAUAUGAAAUAGCCAUGGCAUUACUACAACUCGAAGAUUCUGCAGACCCUAUCAGCACCGAGGAGCGUGAAUUCCUCCGCUCGAUCAACCUCAAUCUACCUCGUGGUAAGCGGUCUCUCAGACGUGCUCUCAGUCUGCGUGAUCUAGAAACGAGGGCGUUCUUGGCGCAAAGCAUCUACUAUGUCUUUUCCUCUCCGGAGGCAAUGACUCUAUCAUUUCGUGAUGAGAUUGAGCAUGACCAGAUUUCUUCCUCCACCAUAUCCAAAGGCUCUCAGACUCGCGACAUUGACACAGCAAUGCGCAUGCUUAUGCGGAGGAAUGAUAGCAUGUUGUUUAUAAGUCUGUGGCAGGGCUAUGAGUCGCUCUUUGUGUCACCAACCGAACUCACCCCUCUGCGAAGCCCACGAAUCAAGAGCACCGCGCAGCCAUCGUCGCUGCCAGAGGGUGGGCUUGAUGGACCAGGAGAAUCAGCAGAAAACCAUAUCCUUGAGCCAAAGUUUAUAGUUGAAUCGGAUGCAGCACAUCUCUUCAUUAUUGGGCUUCACGCAUUAGCGGCUGCAGUUCCCAAGGGUUCACUCGAGUCGUGGGUUGCUAUCCGCCGCCUACGAGCUCACGGAAAAGUCGUACCGGAUGUGAACCUGCUUGCGGCCGAUAGCGCACUAGUCAAUCCUAUGCUUCAAGGGAUUGAUGUUCUUGAAGAUGAUUUAGCUCUCCGCUUCGUCGGCAGAUUUCUCAGGGCCGUGGCAGCCCGCGUAUGCUUUUCUCGCAUAUCUGAGGCCAAAGGAGACAAUGACAUGGGUCGCGUUACAUCAGAAAAGCGCCUAUUCGAUAUCAUUUUAGACCACCUUGAACAAACUGUCAAGGGAGAUCACGAGACCGGGUCUAAAGUUGUAACCAAGACCAUCGCUGAACCGGGAUGGUCGGUUCCAGCGGCUGCGCUGGAAUGGUUUCGCAGUGCUCUUUUAAAAGAAUGGGAUGGAAAAGGAGAAAUAAAGCGAUGGGGCGUUGUCGGGGGAGCUCUGGAAUUUCUUUCUUACCUUUACAAUAAUCGGAAGCGAUUCAGUCUGACGCCUGAAAUGUUCCACACUCCGUUCCUCGCCGAUCGACUUGACCCGAUGGAGGUGCCUGUUGAAUGGCUCUCGUCUUCUCGUAACCCCAAGACGGUUCAUAUCUUAUCAUACCCGUUCCUGUUUCCGCCUUCAUCUUUGGUCAGCUACUUCCGAGCGAUUAAUUAUUCAAACAUGUCAAAGGCUUUUGAAGCUUCUGUAACCAUGACGCGGCUGGUUCUGCAGAUGUCAUUUGCCGAACCAUUAGGGAGCCGCGAGGACCAGCGUCUCUACAACCGAUUGAGAACAGCCAUGUCUACGUACUUGGUUUUGGAAGUCCGUCGAGAUGAAGUCUUGCUGGAUGCUCUCAAUCAGUUGUGGCGUCGAGAAAAGAGAGAACUCAUGAGGCCACUCAAAGUCAGAAUGGGGAUGGGUGAAGGUGAGGAAGGCGUGGAUCAUGGUGGUGUACAACAGGAAUUUUUCCGACUGGUCAUCAGCGAAGCGCUCAACUCAGAUUACGGAACCUUUACCGUGGAUUCCCGAACUCGAAUGACUUGGUUCCGGCCUUGCUCGUUGGAACCACUGUACAAAUUCGAGCUACUGGGUCUCUUAUUUUCGAUUGCCAUUUACAACGGAUUGACAUUGCCUAUUACGUUCCCAAAAGCUCUAUACAGAAAGCUCUUGGGCCAGCAAUCCACCAAGAUUGAACAUAUCCAAGACGGGUGGCCGGAGCUGGCGAAAGGCCUUACAGAGUUGUUAGAAUGGAACGAAGGUGAUGUGGGAGACAUCUUCAUGAGGACCUAUGACUUCAGCUUCGACGCCUUUGGCAAGGUGAUGAAUGUAGAUAUGCUGAAAUUCGACCGGAAUUCUGAGUGGCCGCCUACAAACAGUCCCAGCAAGAAAGGAAAGAAGAGAGCGACUAACUUCGAGCCCGACCAUUCUCGAACAGAGGGCGCGGUUCUAGAUAAACUUGUGUCUCAUGAGCCAUCGGAAGACGAAGCGGAGCUGGUCACAAAUAGUAAUCGCGAGCAAUUUGUCAAAGACUAUAUCUUCUGGUUGACUGAUAAGUCGAUUCGGCCACAAUAUGAGGCUUUUGCUCGGGGCUUUUUUGUCUGUUUGGACCGCAAAGCAAUAUCGAUGUUCUCUCCUGAAGCCUUCCAAAGCAUCGUCGAAGGAGUUCAGGGUAUUGAUAUUGACGCUCUGGAACGCACCGCUCGUUACGAGGACGGCUAUAGUUCUGGUCACCCGCUCAUCCAACAGUUUUGGCAGAUUGUCCGGCAAUUCUCUCCCGUGGAGAAGAGACACCUUUUGGAAUUUGUGACUGCAAGUGAUCGCGUACCUGUCAAUGGAGUGGAGAGCAUUUUAUUUGUUAUCCAACGAAAUGGGCCGGAUAGUGAUAGAGUGCCAACUAGUCUCACUUGCUUUGGACGCUUGCUGUUACCCGAAUAUUCCAGCAAAGCAAAACUUGAAGAAAAACUCCGACUUGCAUUAGAGAACGGCAAAGGAUUCGGCGUUCCGUGA